AUGGAUCUACAUCGAUCUGUUUUACGUGGCGCCGGAUUCUACGAUUGGAUGACCAAGACUGACAGCACCGGCAAAUGGAGGCCACUCCCAACGAUCAACAUCCUUGACAUUAACGAUCAAACUUACGUCGACGCCGUCCUUGAGACGGUUUUGCUCCAGGAUCGUGCGCGUUUCACAACUUAUCUGAGCGAUAGACCAUUAGGCAUUGGUAUUAUUACAGGUCCUCCAGGUGCUGGAAAAACGUCGAUGGGUGCUACAGCAGCGCUGGCUUUGCACGCAAAGCUCGGGAAAGUCCUCUGUUCAGGGCCAACCAAUACUGCUGUAGAUGACUUUGCAUAUCGUCUUCACAAGCAUACCUGGGAUCUCACAGAAAAGCUGAACGCGGGGAAAUCUGUUGAUCAAUCAAGCUGGUAUCGUCGCAAGCUGAUCGUUCGACCUUACUCAUUCGACCAGGAGCUCAACGCCUUUUACAUACUUUUGAAGAAGCCUGAACUUGGCAAGAAAGUUCUCGAUGACUGGAAAUUCACAGGAGAACCCAACAAGGAUGUCGAUUGGAAGCUUCAGCUGUCUGUCGCCUACUGGCUUCUCCUUCUCUUGGGGUCACCUGCUCUUGAUCGCGUCCUAGGACCUGAAGACAGCCUAGCUUUACAUAAGAUGCAGCAAGACAUUGACGGCGACGAAAUCCUCGAUCCAAUACGACAAGUCUUCAGUGGACAUAUGGGGGACUUUCAUGACCGCUGCGAAUUUAGGCAACAACUUGAAGAUAUCUUCCAAUAUCUCCAGAAGAUGCUAAUUGACAGAGCGGAUUUUCUUUGCGUGACGCCAGGUGGUGCCAGAGAUUAUUUCGGAGACGUAUCCUAUAAGUGGGAUAAAAGAUUCGCAAAAGGUGUUGUAGUGGAUCAAGCAGGAGUGAUGAACAGGCCUGACCUCUACAAUGUAUGGGGAAACACGUUACGUCCAUGCUUCCUUAUCGGGGACACAAGAUCGGAACAGCCGACAAUUCAGACUACUAGUGAGAAAGAACCAGGUUCGGAGAACUAUUACAAUCGAUUUGCGGGGGAUGGCCAGCUCUCUGGUCUAGAGUUCCUCCAGGCGUCUGGCCUUCCAGUCUUCCGCCUCGAUACACAAGUUCGUAUGGCCAAGGGCAUGUACGACUUGGCUGCCCAAGUAUUCUACCCCCAGCUCCCGCUUCAGUAUCACCAACGCGACCACAACAUUACAAACCAGCAACCCGAUGUCGGACGAGAGCUCGAGGCCUACGUGCGCAUGAAGUAUCCAAAGUUACGCAAACCGCUAGGCGGUAUUCUACACCAGCCAUUGUUCAUCCAUCGACAAAACUCAACGAUUUACAGGGACGUAGACGGCUCCCAGGCAUGCCAAGAGCAGGGCAGUGCCGUAUUGAGCUUCGUUGCUGGGUUAGUCACCCACUCAGCCAUUGAUCCCACACAGAUCGUCAUUCUUACACCUUGGUUUGCCAAUGCCGCACUCAUCGAACGCAAACGCAGCCAAAAGAGGUUCGAACUUUUGAAGAAUAUGUCGGAAGCCGCCACCAUCGAAAGCUAUUGA